AUGGACAAGCUGUGCGCGGACGCGCUCGCCGACAUCCUCCGCCACCUCCCGCCACGCAACCUCGCCGCCUCCCGCUGCGUCUGCACGGCGUGGCGCGCUGCCGUCGACGGCCACCGCCUGCUGCGCGCGGACCUGCUCCCGCUCUCGCUUGACGCCGUCAUCUUCACGACGGGCGACCCAAGCGACCCACUCCUCUUCUGCCGCCCCACCACGGGGCGCAGCAUCAUCACCAGGUUUGACUACAUCGACGCCGACAUGGAGCCGUGGUACGUGUGGUCUCCCUUGGACUGCUGCAACGGCUUGCUCCUUUUUGAUGACCACGUGGUCAACCCCGCGACGCGGCAGUCCGUGCGGUUCCCCACGUACCCGCCGCCGUGCGCGGUGCCGGGCUGCCCAAGCUGUAAAGACAUCGAGCGUAACCAGUACCUCGUCUAUGAUCCUACCGUGUCGUCGCACUACGGGGUGGUCUUGAUCCCUCAUAUUCCCCGCGAGCUUUCCACAGGGCACAUCGCAAAACAUGCAUGCGGUCAUGGAGCCGACAUCUUGGCAAUGGAGUGGCCACCGUCGCCAUUCAUUAUCGACGUCUUCUCAUCAAAAUCCGGAUGCUGGAAGGAAAAGCCAUACACGCGAGAAGGAGAAGCCGCGGGAACCGUUGCUGACCUGAAAACUGAUCAUGGCGCCUUUCUUUACCACUCUGCAUAUUGGCACGGAGCACUCUACGUUCGUUCCGAAGAAGGUUUUAUGUUGAGGUAUACCCUAACUGCUCACACCUCAUACACCAUAUAUAUAGGAUUUAUUUUUAUUAUUUUCAUUGAGGGAGAUAAUUUGGGUUCAUAA